AUGCCGAAGAACAGCAAAGUGACGCAGCGGGAGCACAGCAGCGAGCAUGUCACCGAGUCGGUGGCUGACUUGCUGGCUCACGAAGAGCCCGUGGACUACAAACGGAGCGUCCUCAAUGUGACGGGAGAAACGUGGGACAAGCAGAAGGAUGGAGAUGAGGAGCUGGAUGGUGAGAACCGGCCGGCGUGGAACAGCAAACUGCAAUACAUCCUGGCUCAGAUCGGCUACUCCGUGGGGCUGGGCAACGUCUGGCGCUUCCCCUACCUCUGCCAGAAGAACGGAGGAGGUGCCUACCUGGUCCCGUACCUGGUCCUACUCAUCAUCAUCGGCCUCCCGCUCUUCUUCCUGGAGCUGGCGGUGGGGCAGCGGAUCCGCCGGGGCAGCAUCGGCGUCUGGAAUUACAUCUGUCCUCGCCUGGGGGGCAUCGGCUAUGCCAGCUGCCUGGUCUGUUUUUUUGUCGGUCUCUAUUACAACGUCAUCAUCGGCUGGAGCAUCUUUUACUUUUUUAAGUCCUUCCAGUACCCUCUUCCCUGGAGCGAGUGUCCCAUCGUGAAAAACGGCUCGGUUGCAGUUGUGGAGACCGAAUGCGAGAGGAGCUCGGCCACCACCUACUUCUGGUACCGGGAGACCUUGGACAUCUCCAACUCCAUCUCAGAGAGUGGGGGGCUCAACUGGAAGAUGACCCUGUGUCUGCUGGUGGCCUGGAGCCUUGUUCUCUUGGCCAUGAUCAAAGGCAUCCAGUCCUCGGGGAAGGUGAUGUACUUCAGCUCGCUCUUCCCCUACGUGGUGCUGGUUUGCUUCUUGGUGCGGGGACUUCUGCUGCGCGGGGCGGUGGAUGGGAUCAUGCACAUGUUCACACCCAAGGUAAGGGUCUCCAAGCCCAGCAGAAGCAGCAGGUUCUCCUUGAG